CUCCAGCGGAAGAGGAAGUCCUGAGCGUAUAUUAAUCAGCAUGGGGCUCCUCAUUGGAACAUCUGCCUGGAGCUUCUCAGCAGACCAUCUACUCUUCUACACAGACCGCAAACGUCGAGACAUCUUGUGUACAUCAUGUCACAUACAAUCUCUACCCCUGAGCCCUGGGGACCCCAGCGUGGCCGUUUGACCCUUGCCAGCUCAAACUCAGAUGAGGUUAACCCACCUGAGUAUGAGGCUUUUAAAGGCCCAUCACCAAGAGCACCCACAACACAAGCUCUCUCAGUACUGGGUGUUGAUAUGUAUGUGACAGACAACAAGAAAGCGCACAACACCAGCAAGUACAAGAACACCAACCUCAUUGUGCGCAGGAAUAAAGAAUUCAUCAUCAUCAUCAGGUUUGACCGACCCUUAAAUAACCAGCAGGACAAUGUGUAUUUGGAGUUCAUGAUUGGCAAUACACCCGAUGAAUACAAGGGUACCCAAAUCACUGUGUCCAUUGGAAAAGAGAAACGUGAUGGGAACUGGGAUGGUCGCGUGAUUGGCAUGCAAGGCACUGAAGUGACAGUGGGCAUAACACCUGACGCCAGCUGCAUUAUUGGCCGAUUCCGCACCUUUGUAGCAGUAGUGACUGAUUUUGGAAGACAGCGCACUCAGAGGAACCCAGACACUGAUUUCUAUGUGCUGUUCAAUCCUUGGGACCCUGAGGAUAUGGUGUAUAUGCCCAGAGAUACCGACAGACAGGAGUAUGUGAUGAAUGAUGUGGGGAUCAUCUACAAUGGAGAAUACAACAACAUAACCUCCCGUGCCUGGAACUUUGGGCAGUUUGAAAAGGGGGUUCUGGAUGCCUGUCUUUUGGUUCUGGAUGCUGGGAAAGUACCACUACUGUACCGUGGAAAUGCCAUCGAAGUUGUUCGGCAGGGAUCAGCCCUGAUUAACUCCCAGGAUGAUGAUGGUGUCCUGGUUGGCAGCUGGAGUGGUGAGUACUCCACUGGCACAGCACCCACUGCCUGGACAGGAAGUCCCGAAAUCCUGCUCAAAUAUGCCAGAGACGGAUGUGUGCCUGUGUGCUUUGCACAGUGCUGGGUGUUUGCCGGUGUGCUGAACACUUUCAUGCGCUGUCUCGGGAUCCCUGCACGAGUCAUCUCCAAUUACUGCUCUGCUCACGACAACACAGGCAACUUGAAGACUGACAUUAUACUGGAUGAAGAUGGGAGAGUGAACAGAAGCCGAACAAGAGAUUCAGUCUGGAACUACCACAGCUGGAAUGAGGUGCACAUGAAGAGGCCUGAUCUGCCUGAAAAGUUCUCUGGCUGGCAGGUGAUCGACUGCACCCCUCAGGAGACCAGUGAUGGUCUUUAUCGAUGUGGCCCAACGUCCGUCAAUGCCAUCAGAGAUGGAGAGCUCAGCUAUCCGUUUGAUGCAAGGUUUGUCUUUGCGGAGCUGAACAGUGAUGUGGUCUACCAUCAGUCUGAUAAGUAUGGAAACACAAAGAUCAUCUCUGUGGACACCACAUAUGUUGGAAAGCUCCUUAUCACCAAAAGUGUGAACAGUAAUGCUUAUGAGGACAUCACUUCUGCCUAUAAAUAUCCAGAAGGCAGUGACAAGGACAAGCAGGCCAUGCAGAUGGCAGAGCGUCGUGGUGUCCCUACCAGGGAUUACUCGACAAUUCCUGAAGCAGGUGUGGACAUCGAGCUCCAGGCUGACACCAUCAAAAUUGGUGACAACUUUAAGCUGACGCUGAACAUUAAGAACCAGACCAGCCAAACCUGCACCCUCAGUGCUGUCAUCACUGGCUGUGUGGUGUAUUACACGGGCAUCACCAGCUCAAUCUUUAAGCUUGACAACAAAGCUGCAACUGUAGAUCCCUGGAAAACCUCCAGCGUGAUGAUUGAUGUCACAGCUUCGGAGUACAUGCCCUACCGUGUGGAGCAGUCCAACCUACUCUUUGUGGUGUAUGGACGCAUUGAGGAAAACGGCAAGACCCUUUCGGCAAUGAGAGUUGUCACCCUCCUUCCUCCUGACCUCACUAUUAAGGUGACUGGGACACCCUGGGUCGGAAGGGAUUUCAUGGUCACUGUGUUGUUCAGAAAUCCCUUUAACUUCAUCCUGAAAAACAUUCAGCUCCGCCUAGAAAGCCCUGGUCUGAUAACAACCAAAAUGAAAACAUACGAUCAUAUUGCGCCUGGUGGAUCACUGCAAUAUACAGAGACGAUCACCCCUCAGUAUCCCGGGAAGAGUGUGCUGAUGGCAUGCCUGGACUGCGCUGCAGUGAGGCAGGUCACCAGUCAGCUGGAAAUCUUCGUGCAGUAACAGAUAACGGAUAGCCAGGAGUGAACCAGCGAGAAAAGAUAGAGAGAUAGAGGAGAAAGGAGGAAUCAGAAGCAUUAACCAUUACCAUUUUGUUGAAGUGAUUUGCGUUCUUCACAAAUGUUAUUGAAAUACAAGCUAAUGGGUUUUUUUCUUUACAAAACACCCACAUCUUCCAACACUGGAUUGUUAAAAAUAUAGACUGAUUUUUGAUUGGUACAAAAUUUUUGAUACCGAGGAAUACAAGUAUUUUAAGCAAAAUUUGGUAACUCAUUUAACUGUACAAAAUACACACAAACAUCAAACAUUAAAUAUCUAUGCAGCAUGCACGGUCUCCCUUAACAUGGAGGUCUGAUACGUUCUGAUUAGCAAAGUGUGGAUGCGAGAAAUAAUGAGUUUAUCAGGAGAAGUUGUAAAUUGGGAGUGGGAGGAAGAAUGGAAAAAACGGGAGAACCCCAUAAUAUCGGGAGCGUUGGCAGGUAUGCACUUGACGCAGAGUGUUUUUGUGGGUGUGCAAAAUUUUCAAUGUUCACAGGAAAAUAAGACCUACAUAAACCGGAAACAGCAACGAGAGAAGUACAUGUAAGGGUCCUCAUGCACACACAAAAGUCUGAGUGUGCGAGCAACUGAAAGCUAUUAAAUAUAAUAAAGGUCUAUUAAAAUUUAAGAAGAACAUGUAAAUGAUUUUCUAAAAUUACACAUGAAUCACUGUUGUUUUGGUUGGGUACCUUAAUUAACAUAACUGUAUUAAUAAGACUGUAUUAAUCAGAAAAUAUUGAUUAUUUUCUCUGCUAUUAUGCCACUGACUGUAUUUUACUAAUAUAAACUAACAAUAAACUUUCAACAUCAAAGCAUUUUUGAUGAUUUUAUUUGUUAUUUAUAUGCAAAUCUUCAUUAAGACAUCAACACCACCUGAAAAAAAUUUAAAUCACAUAAAGUGAAAUGCCAUUCGCAACCCAUUUUACUUCUAUAAUCGUCUGCAUUUCCCAGUGAAAUAGAAAGAACUCCUGACCAUGGAGUUGCUAGCACCAUCCUCUAAUUGAGCUACAUGAAUGUAGGUUAGACCUACUGUACAUACAGACCAGAGGUCUUCAUCCCUACACCUGGAGACCCACUGUCCAGCAUAGUUUAUUUCAAAGUAUUUCAACACACCUGCCUGUUAUGCCGGGGUUCACACUGCAUGAUUUUCAAAGUUGUCGGAUCGCUGCUAUUCCCACACUGCAUGACUGUUUGGGCUACCAUAUCUGCUGUUGUGUUCACACUACACAACACAUCAGCGACGGGGGGGUCACACAUUACAUAUCUCUUUAUUAGUAAGUAUCGCCGACAGCUCUGCCUUGUCUAUGUUUCACAAACAAACAUGACAACUGAAACGGGAAAUAACGCGAGAAUGGAUUUAUUCCUGUCAAAAAUGGUAGCUUGCAAAAAGCUUGCAAUCCAAGUUGUCUGUACACUGACUUGCGGUGAAUUUUUUUGUUAAAUAAAGAAGAAUAUGAAAGAGA